UCCUCCCUCCGUUCUCUCUCUCCUCCUCUCCCUCCCCCCGGUCCCCUAUGCUCAGUUCGGUGUGUGUCUCCUCUUUCAAAGGGCGCAAGGGUGGGAACAAGUCGUCCAACAAAGCAUGUUACAGCGCAGACAUGACUUGUCCGUCAGAAAGCGAGAAAAUCGUGAUAAACUGCGGGGGGGUGCGACACGAAACCUACCGCAGUACCCUGAAGACGUUACCCGGCACCCGGUUGUCGUGGCUUACCGAGCCGGACGCGUGUAGUAACUUCGACUAUGACCCCAAAUCCGACGAGUUCUUCUUUGACCGCCACCCUAACACCUUUGCGUUCAUCCUCAACUAUUACCGAACGGGGAAGUUGCACUGUCCGAACGAUGUGUGCGGGCCGUUAUUCGAAGAGGAGCUGGCGUUUUGGGGCAUCGAUGAAACAGACGUGGAAGCAUGUUGCUGGAUGAACUAUCGCCAACACAGGGACGCGGAGGAAGCGCUGGACAGCUUUGAGACCCCCGAACCAGACCCUCCCGAAGAUGACCCAGCUUUAACAGGAGGCGCGGACGGAGACCUGAAGAGACUGUGUAUGCAAGAGGAUGGCAGGAAAGCCAGCUGGUGGAACGUGUGGCAACCCAGAAUUUGGGCGCUUUUUGAGGACCCAUAUUCUUCUAAAUAUGCGCGGUAUGUGGCGUUCGGCUCCCUGCUGUUUAUCCUCAUCUCCAUCUCCACCUUCUGCCUGGAGACGCAUGAGGCCUUCAACACCAUCUACAACAAGACGGAGAACGUGACGGUGGGCAACGUCACGCAGGAGGAGGUGGUCUUCGAGGUGGUCACCGACAGCUGGCUCACCUACGUGGAGGGCGUGUGCGUCAUCUGGUUCACCAUCGAGGUCCUGCUCCGCGUCACCUUCUGCCCCGACAAGGCCGAGUUCUUCAAGAGCACCCUCAACAUCAUCGACUUUGUGGCCAUCCUGCCCUUCUACCUGGAGGUGGGGCUGAGCGGCCUGUCCUCCAAGGCCGCGAAAGAUGUGCUGGGCUUCCUGCGAGUUGUCCGCUUCGUCCGAAUCCUCCGAAUCUUCAAGCUGACCCGCCACUUCGUGGGCCUGCGGGUCUUGGGCCACACCCUGAGAGCCAGCACCAAUGAGUUCCUCCUGCUCAUCAUCUUCCUGGCCCUGGGGGUCCUGAUCUUCGCCACCAUGAUCUACUACGCCGAGAGAAUUGGCGCAGAACCGGGCGACCCCACCGCCAGUGCCCACACUAACUUCAAGAACAUCCCCAUCGGGUUCUGGUGGGCUGUGGUGACCAUGACAACGCUGGGCUACGGGGACAUGUACCCGGUCACAUGGUCGGGGAUGCUGGUCGGCGCAUUGUGUGCUUUGGCCGGCGUGUUGACCAUCGCCAUGCCCGUCCCCGUCAUUGUCAACAACUUCGGGAUGUACUACUCCCUGGCCAUGGCCAAACAGAAGCUGCCUAAGAAGAAGAACAAGCAUAUCCCCCGGGCCCCCCAACCCGGCUCACCUAACUACUGCAAACCCGACGCCCUGGCAAUGGCCACUGCCUCACCCCACAGGAUCUUGGGGAAUGUGCUGGGCGGGGUUGUUGGGUCAGGAAGCGUAGGGGGGGACUGUCCCCUGGCACAAGAGGAGAUUAUUGAAAUCAACCGCGCAGACUCCAAGCAAAAUGGAGAUGCGGCCAACGCGGCCCUGGCCAAUGAGGAUUGCCCCACCAUUGACCAGGUGCUGGGCCCGGAGGAGAAGAGCCCGGCAGCGGGCGGGAUCGGCCGGGAGCGUUACCAGCACGACCGCGCCUGCUUCCUGCUCAGCACCGGCGAGUUCAGGGCCACAGACGGGAAUGUGAGGAAAGUGUUGAGUUUCUAAAAUCCCCUUUUUCUCUAAAGAAGAAAACAAAGUGACACCAUUCAUGCUGAAAUCACGAAUGUUGCCAUGACAAGAGGGUGCAAGAAACGGAAGGAGAGAGAGAGAGAGAGAGAGAGAGAAAGUGCGAAGAAGACAAAAAGAAGAAAAGACUUGAAGAAAAGAGAAGCCAGAAUCUUUGUGUUAUAACCAAAGCAACCUCAUGAGACUUCUGCCACACCUGCUUCUGAAGACAGCCCAUUGGACAUUGUCACAUUCUGAGCUUCUCGUUGAUACGGUGGAAAAAAUGUUUUGGACUGAGCCGAGCGUCUGGCAGACAUUUGCUGUAACACCACUGACCCGCAGUUGAUCCACAGAAUUACACUUAGCAAGGGACUGAUAUGCAGAAUGCCAAAUGAGCUCACAGCACUGAAACAUCACAACUGACGAUAUUGAAUUUCUCCUGACAUACUGUAGCACCUCCAGGCAGGGGGGCGGACUUUCACAUAACCCAUCAGAUUGGCAAGAUGCACACACUGACACAGAGCAACUCACUGCACCACCCGUACAAUUUAACAUCUUUAGUUCCAAGGUGCCCUCCACUUUUUGAAAUCAACCCCCUUCCACAAAGGUGGAGAGAGAGAGAAAGAGAGAGAGACCUCAACUACUUUUCUUUUCCCCCAGUGGACAAGUAAUGGGCUGGAGUAUAACAAAGAGAAAUAUAAAAAAGACAGAAUGAGAUGCAUGGAAAAUGAUGUGCAGCAAAAUCUUUCAACAUCAAGCUACUGAACCUCUGGGAUUCUUCAAAGAGACUUCCCUGGUGCAUUCUGGGAGCAAAAAAAAAAAAUAUUCUCAGUUUCACCUGAGAUAAGGAUACCCAUCUGGAAUGAGUUAGUGGAAAAGGGAAAAGGGGAAUGUGUUAUGGUUCAGGACAAAAUAACAGAAACCAAGGGCAAAGACACAAACUACUGAUCAGACAUAUUUUUGCACCCCGGUCCUUGCAAGCCAGUGCAUAUGCAUAACACUACUGUCACUGCUUAACUGUCCUCAUGCAGACAACUGAAAGCUGUUACUGAAAUUGUUCAGGACCCCAUCACUCCAUUCAACCUUCUCCCAUGCAAAUCAUUUUAGAUGUUGUACUGGAGCACCCUGGAACUGUCUCUCCAGUCAAUUAUUAAGGGGCUUAAUUUGGACCUUGCCUGCUCCCAUCAUAAAGGUGAUUGAAGAAACUCCAUCAAGCCUGUAACUUCCCUUACACGUUACCCUAAAGGGACUGCAAGGGACUGCAUUUUGAGCCUAUCUCUGAAACAACAAAUUAGUUUCUUGAUUUUUGCACUGUGAGAAAACCAUUCCUGAAGCCACCUGACCAGCUGAAAUGACCCGUAAAUCUGAGGAAUCCAGAUAGCUAUGAUAUUGUUGGUCAAAGUGACCUAUCAAAGGUAUAAAUGGACAGCUUACUCCACCUAGCACUGAGCCAGGAGUUGGCUAAAUGUGGCUGCGAUCCAUCUGACUAGAGUAUAAGAGUACACAAGUAUAAGUAACCUGCCCCAGGUACAGAAAUGAGACCUCUUAAUCGGCAA